AAGAGACGACCCGAUGACCCGGAAGUGACUUUGAUGCUUUGCUUCUCGUUCACUGGAUGCAGUGUGAAAGUUGUGGGAUAAAUUAUCAAAACAAGAGAGCCAAUUGGGGCUUUCGAACUCUGCAACCGUCAUGUUUUACCAUAUUUCUUUGGAGCAUGAAAUCUUGCUUCACCCGAGAUAUUUUGGUCCGAAUCUACUCAACACCGUGAAACAGAAGCUUUUCACAGAAGUGGAGGGCACAUGCACUGGCAAGUAUGGCUUUGUCAUUGCAGUCACCACCAUUGACAACAUCGGGGCAGGUAUAAUCCAGCCAGGCAGAGGGUUUGUUCUGUACCCAGUAAAGUAUAAGGCCAUUGUGUUCCGCCCAUUCAAGGGGGAAGUGGUGGAUGCUGUGGUCACUCAGGUUAACAAGGUUGGAUUGUUCACAGAGAUUGGUCCCAUGUCUUGCUUCAUCUCUAGACAUUCCAUCCCCUCAGAAAUGGAGUUUGACCCUAAUUCUAAUCCGCCUUGUUACAAGACGGUUGAUGAGGACAUUGUAAUCCAACAAGACGACGAGAUUCGGCUAAAGAUUGUGGGAACAAGAGUGGAUAAGAAUGAUAUUUUUGCUAUUGGAUCUCUCAUGGAUGAUUAUCUGGGUCUUGUGAGCUGAGUUUUACGGAGGCUGCACUUCACAUGGAACAUUUUAUGUAGUAGUGUAUUUCUUUGUUUGUUAAAAUUAAUAUUUUUCUACAAUGAUUGACAUGAUUUGGUGACUGCUGGUCAUAGCUACUUUGUUUUAUUAUGCUUUAUUACUAUAAAAUGUGUAGGUUUUUAGAGUUGCAAGAUUUGGAGAAAAAAUUGUGAACUUUAAUACAGAAAUAAGUAAUCUACUCAUUGUCCAUCCAAACUCUGUAUUUCUAUUUUGUUUAUGUGCAAAAUAAAACAUUUUAUUUGUUCUUA